AUGGCAGAAACGUCUUUAUUAGUUUCUUCACUUUUGAGAUUCAUUCUUUUGUUACUGGUAUUCUUGAAUCUUUAUACCCUUGGACAAAAGCAAAGUUUGUGCUAUGAAGGACCAAGACAAGAUCAUCGUUUGAAAACCACUGUGGCAAAAUAUGUCCACGCUUUGACGGGAGGAGAAUGUAUUUUAUUUUGCAUGCGUGACGAUGAGUCGUGUAGAGCAAUUAACUUCAAUAAAUCCUCGACGUCUAAAGAUAAUUGCGAAUUCCUCAAAGACACCGCCUCAGAAAUGUCCAAAGAUGAUUUACACGAAAAUGAAGACUAUGAUUACUACACAUUACUCAGUCCUACAAGGAAGCCUCAAAAUGUUUCUUCAAAGACUAAGCCGUCCCAGAUAACACAAACCUCAGCAAAAUCUGUGGUAACAAAAAAGGGAAGCUCACCAACUAAGCACUCUGUGGUAACAAAAAAGGGAAGCUCACCAACUAAGCACUCUGUGGUAACAAAAAUGGGAAGCUCACCAACUAAGCACUCUGUGGUAACAAAAAAGGGAAGCUCACCAACUAAGCACUCUGUGGUAACAAAAAAGGGAAGCUCGCCAACUAAACACUCUGUGGUAACAAAAAAGGGAAGCUCACCAACUAAGCCCUCUGUGGUAACAAAAAAGGGAAGCUCACCAACUAAGCACUUUGUGGUAACAAAAAAGGGAAGCUCACCAACUAAACACUCUGUGCUAACAAAAAAGGGAAGCUCACCAACUAAGCCCUCUGUGGUAACAAAAAAGGAAAGCUCACCAACUAAGCACUCUGUGAUAACAAAAAAGGAAAGCUCACCAACUAAGCACUCUGUGAUAACAAAAAAGGAAAGCUCACCAACUAAGCCCUCUGUGCUAACAAAAAAGGGAAGCUCACCAACUAAGCACUCUGUGCUAACAAAAAAGGAAAGCUCACCAACUAAGCACUCUGUGAUAACAAAAAAGGAAAGCUCACCAACUAAGCACUCUGUGAUAACAAAAAAGGAAAGCUCACCAACUAAGCCCUCUGUGCUAACAAAAAAGGGAAGCUCACCAACUAAGCACUCUGUGGUAACAAAAAAGGAAAGCUCACCAACUAAGCACUCUGUGAUAACAAAAAAGGAAAGCUCACCAACUAAGCACUCUGUGAUAACAAAAAAGGAAAGCUCACCAACUAAGCACUCUGUGCUAACAAAAAAGGAAAGCUCACCAACUAAGCACUCUGUGGUAACAAAAAAGGGAAGCUCGUCAACUAAGCAACCAAGGUAUUGCACACCCAUGUUCGAUAAUUAA